AUGCCGCCGCAAAUCAAGCAUGAUCUCAACCGCUCCGGAUGGGAGUCAACCGACUUCCCAUCGGUCUGUGAAAACUGCCUGCCGGAGAAUCCGUACGUGCAGAUGCUGAAGGAGGAUCAUGGCGCGGAAUGCAAGAUUUGCACUCGACCUUUUACAAUUUUCCGAUGGAAAGCCGACCGAACAUCGCGUCAGAAACGCACCAACAUCUGCCUGACGUGCGCGCGUCUCAAGAAUUGCUGCCAGUGUUGCAUGCUUGAUUUGUCAUUCGGUUUGCCCCUACAAGUCCGCGAUGCGGCGCUCAAGAUGGUCGCACCAGGCCCCGAUAGCUCUAUCAAUCGAGAAUACUAUGCACAGAACCACGAGAAGGAUAUUGAGGACGGAGUCGGAGCAGUAGAGGAAUACGAGAAGACCGACGACAAGGCUCGGGAGCUGUUGCGCCGCCUCGCCAAUAGUGAACCCUACUAUCGCAAACCACGCCGGAUCGAAGGUCCAUCAAGAACAGAGACCGAAGAGACUGCGGAGGCGGGCCCAUCGGACUCUGCUCGGACCCAGUCCCGCUAUGGUAAUGGGCCAGGCCCCAUGCGUACCGCUGAAGGUCGUCUUGGGAAUCGGCUUCCUGGCCGUGGAGGUGCGCGGGGAGGGCGUGGUGGCGGUAGAGGCGGUCGCCCCUUCCCCAGUACUGCUCAGUUACCCCCUUCGGCGGACGACGUCAAGCCUCCAGCCGACCCGAACGUGACUUCAUUAUUCAUUACCGGUGUUGAGGAUGACCUUCCGGAGCACGCGCUGCGUGCCUUCUUCGCCGAAUUCGGUCAACUUCGGUCCCUCGUGUGCUCCCAUCGCUCGCACUGCGCUUUCAUCAACUAUGUUAACCGUGCCGAUGCCGAGACCGCUGCCGAGAGAUGUCAAGGCAAAGCCGUUGUUAACGGCUGCCCACUCCGUGUUCGGUGGGGCAAACCCAAACCCCUCGACAACAUGGACCGGGAAGAGCGUAUCAGAAAUGCUCGUGAUGGCCGGGCUGCUGUCGGUCCAUCGUCCAAGGGGGCACCCGAGAAGAAAGCCCUCACAGCGGCGGGUGAGAAAGCUGGUCAGCAAGAAAAAGGCCAACCACUCACGGUGGCACCGCCCCCUGGCUCGGGUGCGGUGCAGUAUGCGAGCAUGUCUGGUGACUGA